AUGCAGCCUACAAAAAGUCGUGUUCCAUUUACUUUCCAUCCUGAUUUUCCGGAAAAUUUUGGUAAAUCAAACAACCACAUGCUCUCACGCAAGCACACCUCAUGUGUCACGCUAACAUCAAGUUGGAAGGUGGUGAUCAAAAACUCGGUAGGUAUUUUUUCUGUUUCUGUUCGCUAUAAGUGGUUGAUAAAUCUCUAGUUAAGUAAAGGUUUUGCGAUUUUAUUCAGGGGAAGCCUAUUUUUGGCGUCACAACACUGAAUUUUUUGGUCUUUUUUUGACAGUUCGGGCGCUCACGAACAGGUCAUUUCGUUCAUCGCUAACGAAUAUUACAUUUACCUACGUAUCGUACCGUUUCGCUUCUCUUCAGUUGUCAGAUCUAGCCUUUUUCUGGCAUUUGGUUGAAAAACGAAAUGAGUUCAGUAGUCGCCGUGUCUAAGGCUUUGAAAAGAUAAAAACGGUACUCGAAAGAUGUCUUUAAAAAUAUAUAAUUAGAACUUGUAGAACAUAAGCAUUUUAUUCGGCGCAUUGAAACGGAUGACAGGUCAAUCUUGCAGAGCAGGUUGAAAGCCAACUUUAUGGAGGCCUAGUCAAACCACAAAUUGAACUCACUGUUAUCUACAAGAAUAGCAGGGAUAAUACGUAAGCUAUAGAAGGUAGUAAUCGAGAAACAAAAGGAAAACCUCGGUCAAGUUUAUACGUUGUGCCUCUGCCGCACCGAAUUUUAAUUUGCUACAAAAGCAUGGGCAAAAUGGCAGAAACGAAGCUAAACGACGUUUGACUCAAAGUUUUGAAUUAGGUUCAGGGGCUCCCAACGACUUUCUACGGUAAAAUAACUGUUCGAAGGAGCAAAUAUUGCCUAGGUUUCAAAAGCUCGAGAAAGACUAAAAAUUUCUUGGUAACCGUUCCAUUCGCCCAAGAUAAUACGGGAGGUUUUUUCAAAAUUAAAAUUUCGGCUUAGUAUACUUUAUAGACGGGGAGCAAGGGGGUGUAUAUAUAAAUGCAAAAUUUGCGAUAAAUUUACUCUACCGGUUAUAAGAAAAAUUUAGCCAAAAAGUCACUUUGUAUAUUCUACAAACCGAGCCGAGAUUUUUGCCAUUUUUUAACGGGUAAUUAUUUUUCAUUUAUAUAUAGAACUUUUUCAUCACGAGUUCACGAACACGAGCGUCACACGAGUCACGAAACAAAUCAGAUUUACGUUUUCGCGCUUCUCGUAAAUAGAGGUAGUGCAAAAUGUCAAAAACGUUCCGUCCCUUGUUGUAAAACAGAGAGAUUACUAGAGUUUUACGAACCAAUAAAUUCCCAAAGGAAGCCAGCUGUAGGUGAGUCUGAGCCCACUGAAGUGUGAAGUUACAUCAAAAGAUUCAAAACUGAAUUUUAAUCAAGCCACCAGAUGCUAGUCCCGUGCUAGUUAAGGUCUUUUGGCCAAAUUAACGAUUUAAUUUCUUCAAUUUAUCUUCAAUUUACGUGUACACACUCGAGGAUUUUGGCAGUUCAGGUUUCACGGAGAUCACUGCAAUCAUGAUUCACAGAAGCUUGCCCCCCCCCCUCUCUUUAUACCUAUGAUUUUCGGAGGUUGUGUUUUUCACAUUUUGUUGCCCAGAUAUUGUGACGGCUGCCCCAUGUCCUCGAACUUUGGAUGAGAUGAAGUUUCGUGACGACGACCAAUCCCUAAGGGCCUGUUUACAAGGAGAGAGGGUUGCCCUUGUGCUAGGGUUACCCUAGCAAGCGGGGGUUAAAGUUAGCUCUGGUUUACAAGCAAAUUGCUUUGAAAAAAAAAAAAAAAACAGUAGUUUCUCUAGCAACCUUUGUGGCAUUACAGGUGUGGUAUGGAAUCCCUAAUGAAAGGGUUCCCAAGUCUCCACUAAAAUAGUGGGUAAUUUGGGGAGGGAGGGUGUGUGUAAAUGAGAGUGUUGUAGGCAUAAAAACAAAUAAAAUUGGUUAAUAGUUAAAUAGUUAGAAAAAGCACCUAUAUUGAGCGACCAACAACUGCAAUGCAGCCACGUCCAACACAAAUAUAUAGUGCAAAGUAAAAUGUUAAAAGUUAAAAACACCGAUAUUGAGCGACCAACAAACUGCAAUGCAGCCACGUCCAACACAAUACACAGUGCAAAAUAAAAUAAAAGGAACUGAAGGGUUAAUAUAUAAUAUAAUAUAGAGUUAAGGACCUUGAAGCGAGGGAAACAGGUUUCUAGGGCAAUUAUAGAUCCACUAGCUAUAACCGUAGCAAGAUGCCUGUGGCAUUGACACAUGAAAGUACUGAAAGGUCAUGGAAAGAAAAAGUACUUGAUUACUUACUGUAAACACUUCAGAUAGCCUCCACAGCAGACCAAUUAGCAAGCAAACAAAAAAACUUGGAAACUCCUCAGCUAGUAGACAAAAAUUCCUCUUCUCAUGGAUGUGGCCCACAAAAAGUAGCAAAAACAAUUUUUUGGCUGCUCACGCCAUAGGUAAUCGUCAGCAUGAUGACGUGCAAAAUGAGAGGAGUCUGGGGAUGAACUUA